CAGUCAGCCAUCUUGUCUCUUUGCAAGCAGAAGCGGUGCCCCUCAACUUUUGUUAUUGUUGUCAUUUGGGCGCCCCGCUCAUGUAACUCCCACCUCUGCCUCACCACGCAGCCUCCAGGAUGUCUGUGCACUACAAGUUCAAGUCAGCGGUGGAGUAUGACACUCUGCCAGUGGAUGGCGUCAGCAUCAGCCUGGAGGACCUGAAGGAGGCCAUCAUCCAGCAGAAGAGACUCGGCCGUGGCCAGCCCUAUGACCUGCAGAUCACCAAUGCUGAGACCAAAGAGGUGUACACCAAUGAAAAGACCCUGAUCCCCAAGAAUUCAUCCCUCAUUGUGGCAAGAGUACCAACUGAUCCUAUGCAAAUGAAGAAGCCAUGGGACGGGAAGGAAUCCACAGCCCUGCUACUUUCCAUCCCUUCAAACCUGAUGAACACAGAAGAUGCUGCUGAGGCUGCCAAAGUUGACAGAAAGAUCCAGGAGCUGACAGAUCUGACACGCAUGGACGGCAGUGAGGAUGACAAGAUCAAUGCAAUGGUGGCCCAGUCAACCAUGGCCUACCACCCUUCCAAGUACGCCAAGAUUCGUGUCAGCAAGAUGAUGGGGUCUGUUCCUCUGGACUACAAGUGCUACAAGUGUCACCAGAGUGGGCACUGGGUCAAUAUGUGUCCCCUCAAUCAUCAAGACCUGAGGAAGAGCACCGGCAUCCCAUCCAAGUUUUUGGUGGAGGUGAGCGACCCGAGCAUUCCUGGCGUCAUGAUCAACUCGUCUGGAAAAUUUGUGCGACUUGUGGACAUGGAGGAGACGUCUCAGGAGAAGCAGCUGCCCCCACCAGACCGGCCACCACCCCCUGAGGACAUAGUGUGUCUGCUGUGCAAGGAGCUGCUUAGGGAUGCAGUGCUCAUUCCCUGCUGUGCCUCUGCCUUCUGUGAUGACUGUAUCAGGAAUCACCUGGUGGAGUCUGAGGAGACGCGGUGCCCCAUCUGCCAGGAGGAUGGCAUCAGCCCGGACACCCUCAUCCCCAACCGCUACCUGCGCAUCAAGACCAAGCAAUACACCAGUGGAUGGCUGGGGAGCGAGAAGAACGACAAGAGUGUGUCAGAGCCGCUGUCGUCCAUCCCCCCAUACAUGGUGAAUAUGAACAUCUCCACCCCGCCAAGGAGCCCCCUCAGGUCCUCCAGCCCAGCCACCACCACCAGACCAACGGAGCAGCAGCAGCAGCAGCAGCAGCAGCAGCAGCUGGCCUCCUCCCAGCAGAGUAGCACACCCUCCUCCUUCCCCGUGAGUGACCUGCAGGAGAACGGCGAUGCAGACUCAGACAAGGAAAAUGCCACAGUGGAGGUGAGCAGUGGUGUGGAGCUGCCAGAGGCCUUCCCUGAGUCUGAGGAGAUGGAGGAACCCAGCAAGGAGACCUUGGAGCCAGAGCCAUACCCUGAGGACACAAGUGAGCAGCAGCAACAGCAGCAGGAGUCCGAGCUUCUCCUGGCUGAGCCUGGCAUGGAGGGAGAGGUGAAGCAGCGCAAGAGCAAAAAGAAGAAGAAGCGGAAGGCCAGCCGCCACGAGUCUGAGGAGGAGAAGGAAGGCAAGGAGGGGAAGAAAAAGAAAGACAAGAAGCACUCCCACAAGAACCAGGAGGGGAAGAGCAGCAGUGUGGAGAAGGAACUGCUGCAAGACGUGCACUCCCUGGUGCCGGAGGCCAAGGGCGGCGUGGUGGGGGAGGCAGAGGACAUGUGGUCAGGUGGCAAGGUGCAGCAGGAGCCUUUGAGGAGCAGGAGCAGGAGCAGGAGCAGAAGCAGGGACAGGAGCAGGAGUAGGAGCAGGAGCAGGGACAGAGACAGGGACAGAGACAGAGACAGGGACAGAGGGGAAGGUGACGUGUCCACCAGCAGGUAUGACAUCCUGCCGUUCGACCCACGCGUGCCGCCGCCGACCACCACCUUCAUGCAGUCUCCACCCAAAGAUCAGUUCUACCAAGUCCCUCCCUUUGUGUCCUCAGUACCUCCCACUCACACAGUCCCUGUGGCUCCAGCUGCCUCACAGUACCACCUCUUCCCACCAGGUGGAUCAUUCAGCACAGCCUCAGCUCACCCCAGCACCUCCCUGGCACGUGUUAGCGAGCAGCCCCAUCCUCCUUCAGCCUCCCGCCUCCCCACAGGGUCCCCAGAUCUCUCAGUGCCUCCCCCGGCAUAUAUCAAGCCCCCUGGCAUGUACCAGACGCCACACGUCAUGCCAUUUAAGGCUAUUGACGACCCCCUCACGCUGUUCAACAAGCACCUGCAGGAGAAGGAUGAGCAGAGGGCACGCCGGGCCAGGAAGAGCAGGUCCAGGUCCCCACGCUCCAGGUCGCCCCCUCACCGCUACCACUCGAGGGGCCGGUCUUCCCGUCGGUCCUGGACUCGUUCUCGGUCACGGUCCCCCUCACGGUCAUGCUCCCGCAGUCGACUGUUGGGUCCUGGCAACCGGUCGCCACACUCUCCCAUCAGGCACCGGUGGAGUCGGUCUCCUGCUCCGCGUGGCCACAGCUCCUACCACUCCCAGCGCUCUCCCUCCUUCACCCGGGAACGCUCCCUCUCCAACCACUCCCUCUCCCUCAGCAGGACACCAAGCCCCAGCCAGCGCAUCAAGUCCUCUCCUCUACAAGUGCGGCCGUUGCUUCCUGUACAGUCCAGGUCACCCAUGAGGUCCCACAUGGAGUUCAGUGGUCCCAGGGAGUUUGAGAGGUACCCUGCCUCCACCCUGCCAGCGGAGGAGUACUCCUCCUAUCCUGCACCUGGAGCAUCCUGGGACCCACAUGCCUGGUACAACCAGCCUUCCCACGACAACUUCCACGGGGAGUUUGGCGACGGGCGUGGCAGGGGUGGCCGCAACAGGCGGGGCAGAGAACGAGGGGGCCUGAGGCAGACGGACGACUUUGGUUAUGAGCAGCACAGCCAGGAUGGCCACUACCCAUACGACAGGAACCAGCCGCCCACAGAGGAGCCCCGCCGGGGCCUGGCCAACCCCACUGCCCACUGGGAGAGGAACAUGCGCUAUGACUACGACAAGGAUACCAAUCCCUGGAUGGACCGCAGUGCACGGCUGCCCCUGGAGCCUGAGAGGAGGUUUUAUGGGGAGAUGCAUGACCUGCCGCGGGAGUACGAGGACCCCAGGAUGAGGCGGGAACGCCCGGACACCCUGCGGCGGCACGGCGAGGCAGCGGGGCGCAAGGCUGUGGAGGACGAGUGGACCAGGUAUCCCGAUAUGGAGAGGAGGAAGUUCGAGGAGGAGGAAGCCAGGCGGAGAAACUUCAAACUGCACGGUGAAUUUGACGAGCCACACAGGUCUUCCGACACCGACCGCUUCGACGACUUCAAGCGCUUCAACCCACAGCGGAAGGAUGAGGGCAGGAGGGACGAGGGGCCCAGGAAGGAUGCUGAGCCCCGCAGGAAUCUGGAUCCCCCCAGGAAGGACAAAGGAGAUGCCAGGCUGGGGCGGCACGAAGGAAAGAGGCAGGAUGAACAUGACUCAAGGUACAAGGCUGGAUCACGUCACAGAGAGCUUCAGGAAGACUCAGUGUCCUACACCAGCAAAUCCCACGACUCCCCGGGGAAGACCUUCAGGAAAUCCCCAGCGAGGGACCGAAGGGAUAGAGAUGUGGACAGGAGAGACAAGGACCUGGAUAGGAGAGAUAAAGACAUGGAGAAGAGGGACAAAGAUGGAGACAGAAAAGAGGACAUGGAAAAGAGGGACAAGAGUAGUGACAGACGAGACAAGGACAUUGACAAAAGAGAUAAAGAUGGUGACAGGAGGGAGAAAGACUUGGAAAGAAAAGAGAAAGAUGUGGAGAGAAGAGACAAGGAGGCAGAAAGAAGAGACAAAGAAAUGGACAAGAGAGACAAGGAUGGUGCAGAGAGAAGAGACAGAGAUAUUGACAGGAAGGAUGACCACAAGAGAGAGAGAGACAGUGGAGAGGGAAGCAAGAAGGAUACGUACAGGAGAGAAAGAGACACCAGCGACCGGAGACACAAGGACAGCGACAAGAGAUCCCGGGAUUCUGACAGGAGGGACCGGGAUGGAGAAAAGAAAGACCUGGAUAGGAGAGAGUCCCAGAAGAGGGAGAGAGAUCACGAGAGGAGAGACAAGGGUGAUGGAGACAGAUAUGGAAAAGAUGAUGGCAAAAAAGAGAGAGAGAGGAGAGAAAGAGAUGGGGAGAGAAGUCAUAGCUCCAGAUGGGAUAGAACAGACUCCAAAUCUGAGAGGGAGAAGGAAGAUAGAGGAAAGAGUGACAAACAUAAAGGGAACUCCCAGGAAAAGGAAGAGAGAGGGCGAAGCAAUGAGAAGGAAGAGAAGAGAAAAGACAGACAGAAGGAAGACAAGUUUGAGAGUCACAGCCACAAGGAGAGUGGGAAGGACAGCAAAGAGGAAGAUGGGAAAUUAGAAAAGAGAAAGCAUGAUAGAAAAAAGAAAAAGAAGGAGAAGAGAAGAGCAUCGCAAGCCUCCACAGAACCGUCCCAAGCAGAACUUUCACCCGAUGAGGGAGAGGACAAGAAGAAGAGGAAGAAGAGAGAUAAAAAGAAGAAGGUAAAAGGCCACUACAACGAUGCAAAGAAAGACAUGGAAGACACAGAAGAGCAUCCAGAGGAGACCAACAAACUGACGGAUGUGGAGCCUGCCGAUGUACAGUUCACUGUGGAACCAGGAGCCAUAGAAACUGCACCAGAGAAUCCUGACCUCCCACCAUCAGACCCUGCCCCAGAGAUGGAUACCGUGUCAGAGAAGGUGUCCUCACCCCUUCCCCUGCCCCAGCUGUCUAAGUGGGAGAGAGAUGAAGAGGCAUCCCACAGUCCCAACGUGCCAGCAGAGAAGAGUGAGCCGGAAGAGGAGAGGAAGGUGACUGUUGACAUCCUGAAGCGCGCAGAGAAUGCCUUGUUUUCCGGGAGAGGCCUGGCAUGUCGCAAGGUGUUCCUGGAGGCACAGAAGCAGAGAGAUGAAGAGAGAAGUCCCACACCAGACUGGGACCGUGCAGAGCUGCGGGAGGCCAAGAGAAGAGGUCCAUCUAUUCAAAUAACCAUCUCCUCCAAGACCGAAUCCCAGAUAGGCCGGCCACGAGGAGGCAGGGCCGACGCUUCUAGUCCAGAGAGGCAGGAGGAGAGGAAAGGUGGUGGCAAGCCAAAGCGUCACUCAGACAGUGAGUCCAAGCCUGACAAACAUUCUGCCAGGAGUGACAAGGGUGCCUCUAGUCCCUAUGACCUGCAUGAUGCCAGCAGGAGCAGAAGAAAGAGUGAGAAGGAGGACCUGCCUCAGACAGAGCUUGAGAAAGAGAGGCAGAGUGUUCAGCCUGGUGCCACACCACAAGGCUUGGAGGUGGAUGUCAGCCCAGCUGCUGAGAAACAGAGUGAAACACAGGAAGAAGUCAAAGAAGAAUUAAAGCAACCCAUUACUGCAGAACCUGCGAGUGACACAAAAGUGGAGGAAGAGCAGAGAGGACUGAAGAGAGAAUGUUCUGAAGAGUUUACAGAGUGCAAGAGAGUCAAGCCAGACACAGUGCCACCUGUCACAGACAGUGAUGUACCAUACACUGAGCCAAGCCCCAUAGAGGCCCUCCCUGCUGCCAGCACUGUGGAGGAGAGCACCAGCAGCCACAACCCAGCACCAGAGGCAACUAGAAUAGAGACCCAAGUCUUUACCUCAGAGGCAAGCACAGCCUCCCCACCUCAGCCUCCUGUAGAAGCCACAGCAGAGCCUCCACCAGAUGUCUCCCCACCAGAAGAGAAAGUGGAGGAGAGUGAAAAUGUAGUGGUGGGUCUGCCAUCCAGUCUGGAUGAGGAAAGCCACAGCAUGAGGGAAAUGUACUCCUCCCAUGCAGCUCACUCCUCCCAGCACAGCAAGGACCUGCCGGUGAGGGAGGAGGAGGCCCCAGAUCUAGAGGAGAGGAAGAGGAAGUACUCCCCCAUACGUGUUCCAUCUCCCACGCCCAGCAAGCACUACAAGGAGGGCAGGACGAAGGAGAAAGGGAAGAAGCGCAAGAAGAGAAAGAGGUCCCUCAGCAUCAGCUCCACCAACAGCAGCAGCAGCUCCUCCAGCAGCAGCAGCAGUAGCAGCAGCAGCAGUGAGGAUGAGGAGGUAGUGAGGAAAAAGAGGAGAAAGAAGAAGAAAAAGAGGGCAGUGAACAGUGACUCCAGUGAUGCAGAGUCCAAGAGCAAACACAAGAAGAGGAAAAAGGAAAAGAAAAAGAAGAAGAAAAAGGAGAAGAGAAAAAAAUCUGAGAAACAAAAAUAGCUCUAUAAAAUAUAAAAAUAAAAUAAAGGAAAGAAAAUACCAAAGAAAAUGUCAAAAAGUUUUCACAUCACAUUGUGUUUAUGUUGCAAACGAACUUGAUAUUUAUAUUUGGAAGAGGACGGACAUAUUUUGAAACAGUUAAUAUAUUUAUACUAUAAUUGUGGGGUUGUGGCAUUUGGUUGGUUAAACUGAUAGACAACUUGAUGGUGGCAAACAAUAGAAAGCCUUUUUGUUAAUAAUAUUGUACCUUUUAUGUAUGAUUGUAUGAUGCAUAAUUAUUUUGUUCACAUCAUCAAAAACUGUAGUAUUUUAUAAGUCAUUGUUAGAACAGUGAGAACUUGAAGAAACUGUGAAAUGAAUAAACUGAAUAGUGAAUGUA